UGUGGCAUUCACCGGUGGAGGAGGGGAGGGCACAGCUCAGUGCCUGUAUGCGGACGCAGCACACUGCCCAUGACUGCUGAAGUAUGUGUUUAGCAGGGGCAUUGGAUGGCUCGUACUCUACUUUUGUGAACUUCAUGGUACUCGUGGGUGAUGCCGAGCCCGUCCUCCGGUCUGCCCGCACGGACACCGCAUCAGCCCCGCUCCGGUGAACUCCCUGUACCCCGGUGGAUGUGUGCCCCCAUCUCCGAGCCCGUACACAUGUCUCCUGGCACAGCUGCUCUGACAAGUAGACGGGGGGAGGGGCUACACUGGCUCCUGCCUCGGAGCUGCUGAAAUGGAUUGAGCCCCGGUGUGAGCACAGACGCUGCCGGUGCAUGGGUCCUCUCACUCCGCACCUCUUACCUUCUGGGAGCCGCUACCGGGGAUUGUGCCGACUUGUUGCUGCCAGAGUCCGGCGCGGCGGAUGGGCUGUGCAGCCGGGUGACUCGGUCCCGUCCAGGUCGGUUCUGGCUCCAUUGCCGAACACUUAACACUUGGUGCCUUGUUGCACCUGGACAAGACAUGGUGGAAGCUGCCUGGCAUCCAUCCAGGCUAAAGAGGGCAUCCAGGGUUUGUUCCCCUGAAGGAUGUGUGAUGGAGCUGUCAUAGCAUGUGUAGUGUGCUGGUGCCUGGCAGGCUGCAUACCUGUACCCUCCUGUGCCCUCUGCAGAGACUGAACACUGCUGCCCUGUCACUCAUGUGGAUUGCUGGACACAGCACCCUUUAAGAGUAACUUCUCUUCAGUCUGUUAACACUUGAGCUUCCUGUAUCAUCCUCACUAUAGGAACAUGGCAGCUGGGGUGGCAGCAUGGCUACCCUUUGCACGGGCAGCUGCCAUUGGCUGGAUGCCGGUGGCCUCAGGCCCUAUGCCACCUCCACCCAGAGGGGAGAAAAGAAGGUCUCAGGACUCCUUGAUUGUAUUGAAUGUCAGUGGUACCCGCUUCCAAACCUGGAAGAACACUCUAGAGAGAUACCCGGAUACUCUGCUGGGCAGCACGGAGAGAGACUUUUUCUUUAACCAGGAUACAGGAGAAUACUUCUUUGAUAGAGAUCCGGACAUUUUCCGUAGCAUUCUCAACUUUUACCGCACAGGACGGCUUCACUACCCGCGCCAUGAAUGUAUUGCAGCAUACGAUGAAGAACUGUCGUUCUUUGGUAUCCUCCCUGAAAUUGUUGGGGACUGCUGUUAUGAGGAAUACAAAGACCGGAGGAGGGAGAACGCGGAAAGGUUAAUGGACGAUGCUGACUCCGAGAACGCAGCGGAGGGGCCCCUACCUCCCAUGUCAGCCAGGCAGAAGAUGUGGCGAGCCUUUGAGAACCCCCACACAAGUACACUUGCUUUAGUAUUCUACUAUGUAACUGGUUUCUUCAUUGCGGUGUCUGUGAUGGCCAACGUGGUGGAGACUGUACCCUGCGGUGCGUUUCCGGGAUCCAUGCGGGAGGUGCCCUGCGGUGAGCGUUACGCUAUGGCCUUUUUCUGUCUGGAUACGGCGUGUGUCAUGAUCUUCACCGUGGAGUACCUAUUGCGGUUGGUGGCUGCGCCCAGUCGCUAUCGGUUUGUACGAAGCGUGAUGAGCAUCAUUGAUGUGGUGGCCAUUAUGCCCUACUACAUAGGUCUUAUCAUGACAGACAACGAGGACGUAAGUGGUGCUUUUGUUACGCUGAGGGUGUUCCGGGUUUUUCGGAUCUUUAAGUUUUCCCGACACUCGCAGGGCCUGAGGAUCUUGGGCUAUACCCUUAAGAGCUGUGCCUCGGAAUUGGGCUUUCUGCUAUUCUCCCUUACUAUGGCCAUCAUCAUCUUUGCCACCGUAAUGUUUUAUGCGGAGAAGGGCUCCCUAAACAGCAAAUUCACUAGUAUACCCGCUGCAUUUUGGUACACCAUUGUGACCAUGACAACACUGGGGUACGGUGAUAUGGUUCCAAAGACUAUAGCUGGGAAGGUAUUCGGUUCCAUAUGUUCCCUGAGUGGUGUGCUGGUCAUUGCAUUACCAGUGCCUGUGAUAGUCUCCAACUUCAGCAGGAUCUACCACCAGAACCAACGAGCAGACAAACGGAGAGCCCAAAAGAAAGCAAGACUGGCAAGAAUUCGGGUGGCAAAAAGUGGAAGUGCUAAUGCAUAUUUACAAAGCAAGAGAAAUGGUUUAUUAAGGGAAGCUCCACAGGGUUCCAGUGAAGAGGAGCAAGCUCUUUUAGCCAAAACUGGAUCUUUUGCAUCACAGCAUCACCACUUACUUCACUGUCUGGAAAAGACCACGGGGUUAUCUCAUAUUGUGGAUGAGUCCAUCUUACCACUAAGUCCUUCAUCCAAAAUUCAGAAUCAUGAGUUUGUGGAUGAGCAGACCUAUGAAGACAGCUGCAUAGAAGUAUCUACCAUAAAUAAAACAAGGAAUCACAGUCCCUCAUUGUCGUCCCAGCAUGAAAGCAAUAGUUUUUGCUGCUCAAGAAGAAAUAAAAAGAACUUGCAUAUUCCGAAUGCUACAACAUGUAGCCAUCAUGGGAGUCUCCAAGAGCUUAGUGCUCUCCAGAUCCAGUGUAUGGAAAGAAACCGACUACCAAACAACAGGUCCAGUCUAAAUGCCAAAUUGGAGGAAACCAUGAAACUAAAUUGUGAGCCUCCAUACGUCACAACAGCUGUAAUAAGUAUCACAACUCCGCCAGUAACUACGCCUGAGGAGGAUGGUAGAUCAGCGCCCCCUGAUUAUCCACAAAGGAACAUUGUGAGAGUUUCAGCACUAUAAACCCUGCUAAAAGAGGAAAUUUUUAUAAAGGAAUUUCUGUACACAAAAGCUGCAGACAGCUCAGACAAGAAAAUGAAAACAGUUCAGUCUCCCUGAGGUUUCCAAGCGGCGGAUUAUUUGCAUACUAAUAAUAAAUGACAAACAAACAAAUUUGAGUAAGGAAAAUGGACCGUAUAGCAGAUCUUCCAAUCCAGUAGAAGUGUGACUACAUACAUGAGCACAAUGAAAGAUCGCCCAUUGAUUUCCGAUUUUUUUUCUUUUGGUUUUCUUUUCUUCACAAAUGCAACAUUUUUGUAUGAAAAAAAAAAAGAAGAAAAAAACCCUGCAAAGGAAGUCUUUUGGAGUAGUAAAAUUACCAUUACAGCAAUGGAAACAUUGUGAUUAUGUUUUCCCUAGAGACAACAUUGAACGCUCAAUAGCAUAAUGAGUAUGAAAGAACAUGCAUAGCAAGUAUAUUUGUACUUAUUGAAAUGACAUCAGUAAUGCAUGCCGCUAUUCUUCAGAGCAGGGAUUUAAGAUGAUUGAAGUUGUUUCCACCAAACAUUAUUUUAGAAAAAGGCCUUUCAGUGCGCUCACAACUGGAUGAAUAAUGUUUACAGUAUCAAAACAAAGACAAACAAUAGCAUUUCAAGAACAGCAGUAUUUAUGAUAUCACAUGACGUCUUGUACAUAAAUAGCGUUUCCCCUGUCGCUUUCUUGUUGGGUUAUCUUGUUUGGCAACAAGCGCAAUAAUUCUGUGUUUGCUACAUCACAAGUCUCUAUUUAUUUUCUAAUUCCCAAUGUUGUUCAAUGAAAAGUCUGUUUUGACACUCAAGAUGGAUAUCUGUGCUUACUGGUUGAAUACCCUACUUCUGUUACUUUGUUUUGGUUGAAAAGAACAUUUGAACAUAAGCAGAGAUAAUAGCUAUAUUAGCUCAGUGGUGGCUUUGUAGGAAGGAUUUUUGAAGAACUUUUUGAUUCAUGGAAAAUGCAUGAAAAUUGAUAUUGGUCUGGAAUGCCUGUGACGUUAUGCAUAUUAUUUUGUAGUGCUGGUGGUGUCGGUUUUGAUGUUCAACAUUAAUACCUUGUAAAUCAUAUUGUAUGUCUCGGAAUAAUUCACUCAUUAGCCCCUACGAACAGAAGUCAAAGCCAGGGACUCAAAUUAAGAAUUUCCAUAAGUAUAGUUCCCCAAACAGGCUUCUAUAACCUGCUGCUGUGCAAUUCCUGGUCUGGGAAACUCCCCAAGAGCUGAAGUGUAGAUAAAGGGGGUGCAGAGGUAGCAUUCGCACCUCGGCCUUAGUGCCUAACUGGGCACCCAAAGCAAAUCUGCCCUAUAAGAGACCAGUAUAAUAAUUGGCACAUUUAUUUAGCAUGGGCUCAGAGGCUACAUGUUAUGCCUCAGGCUAAAAGGAGUAUUCCAGUAUACAAAAAUGUACUUAAAGUAUGUGGUACAAAGUUAAAAUCCUCAAUAUAUAAUAAUUACAUCUUUUCAGUAGUUUCCCAUAUAAUACCUUACCACUUACUGGCCCAAAAUGUGAUGUUUAUAGCUGCCUCCUAGGGUCACAACCUAAUUCCAAUAUGCAGGUCGCACAUGCUCAGUUGCAACGACUGGAGUUAUAGGAGAGUAAGCAGUUUGUCUGUGAAGUGUGUAAUGUACCUGAAAUAUUCCUUUUAAGAUUUUGUUUUUCUCUGAACUCUGGAAUACCCCUUUAAUACCCAUUGAUGGCUAGACUCCUAUCCCAAAGAGAAGCUGAUGCUGUCAUAAAGGUUAAAGUGGUACUCCGCCACUAGACAUGUUAUCCACUAUCCAAAGGAUAGGUGGUAACAUGUCUGAUUGCAGGGGGUCAAGCUGUUGGGGACCCCUGCAAUCUCCACCACGGCACCCCAGUGCACAGAGCGGAUGACUGGCAAUAACAGCCACCAUGUGCCGGAUGACUGGCGAUCACAGCCGCCAUGACCCUUCCAUUCAUGUCUGGAGAUCACCGGGAGUCCCAUCAGCCAGACGUCCAACCCCCCGCGAUCUGACAUGUUAUCCAUAACAUGUCUAGGGUUGGAGUACCCCUUUAAGUGCAAUGUGAGAAAAUAUCCUGGUUCCAUGUAUCCCUUAAUGCAAAUUCUGUGAAAUAAAUGACAACAGGAUGUCUAUCUAUAUAGUUUUAUAGAAAAAUAAUACUAUUUUUCAGUCACAACAAAUUAAUUCUGUAUAUUUAACUGUGUAAAAAGUGUAAAGUGUUUUUUUGACUGACACCUCAUAUGUUGUCAUAUAUUUUUUCAUUCCACAUUGUAUAUUAUUUCAAGUUCUAAGAGGAACAAUUGGCUUACAUUUAUAGUUAGCUAGUAAUGAACAAAAAAAUGUAACAUUAAAAAAAGAAUUGUCAAUGCUUGACAACCACCAUGAGAGUAAAGACCUGUUCUUUGCAUAUAACUGGCUAGUCACUUGACUCUUUUUUAUAAGGACAUGUUUGGCCUUAUUUAGCAAAAGUAUCGGAAGGCUCCGUCAUAUACACGAUUCUUUCAAAAUGUUUAAAUGCUAAAAAUGCCAUAAAUUUCAGGUGUUUUUUAUAGCGUAUAACUUUUUCUGGAGUUUUUUAAUUCCUAUAGAGAGGCCUAUGGGAAAAACGCUCGAACAAAUGCCAUACCCUCAGCAUGUUGUAUUUUAAUAAAAAUGACAAAAACAACAAAAAAAGUGCGACAAAAUACCACAAACAAAAAUGCAUAUAUAUAGUAAAUGUAUAGUUUUUAAUAAUUUACUACAAAAUAAUAUACAGUUGAAAGGAUCACCUGGCUGCUGCCUUUUUUAGCAAAAAUGUUGUUGAAAAAGUUAAAGGGGUUUUAUCACAAAGAUGGUCUAAACUCAUGAAUUAUGUGAAAUGAAUUAUAUUUCUAUUGUAGAAGCAUUUCUAAAUUUGUCCUGUUUGAGAGAUAUAUACUGGCUAAUCCUCCAUGUGCUUUCUUUGUUUUGCCCUGUGACCAUCCAAGGCCAUCCGCUGAUAAAGCCCAGCAUGUCCAGUUCAACUGCAUAUUGAUGGUUAGUCUCUACUGUGUAUACAAGCAAAGAAAGCAAAGGCCCCAGCACCCUGUCUGGAAGCUCUGGUUAGUGUGAAAAAGAGCAAAGCUUUAUUGGUUGUAUACAGAAACGUUUCGGCACAAUGUCAGCCUUUAUCAAGCACAUAUGGAGCCAAUAUGUUGCUUUAGGUAACCAAUAAAGCUUAGCUCUUUUUUGUAACAACCGGAGCUUCCAGACUGGUGCUGUGGCCUUCGCUUUCUUUGUAUGGAUACUCGGAUUGGCAGUCCAGGUGAUCCCUGGCACAACGGAAAGGGAUCUAGUGCUGUCCUCUAUUUCUUCUUCCUUGUAUACAAGCAAGGGGGAUUGUGGAAAAGUGUGUCCUCUGUGACCUGGCAACAGCAGAGCCACAGUUCAAAGAAAAAAACAUGAAGUCAUCAGAUCAAUGGGGGUAAAGAACAGUACAUGGAUGUAGGUCACUUUGUGUACAAAAACUGCACUUUGGUCCUCCUUCACAUACAGCAGAAUGAAAUAAGUAUUGAACAGGUCACCAUUUUUCUCACUAAAUAUAUUUCCAAAGUUGCAAUUGACUUAAAAUUUGCAUCAGAUUUUGGUAGCAACCCAAGUAAUCCAUAUGUUCCAAGAAGUUAUGUGUCGUAACGUGAAAUGACAGGGAAAAAGUAUUCACCAGACUUAAUUUAUUUACUUAAUACUUUGUACAAAAGCCUUUGUUGGUAAUGACAGCUUCAAGAUGCCGCUUGUAUGGAAAAUCUAUUUGCAUGUAUUGUUCUGUAGUAAUUUGGGCCUAUUCUGCCACACAAAGUCUUCACAUCUUGAAGGUUCUGUAGGCCUCUUCUAUGAAUCAUGAUCUUCAGUUCUUUCCAUAGAUUUUCAUGGGAUUUAAGUCAGGUGAUUGGCUGGACCAUUCUAGCAUCUUUAUUUUCUUUAUUUAAAACCAUUUUCCUUGGCUGUGUGUUUUGGGAUUAUUGCCUUGUCCACCCUUGUUUCAGAUGUUUGACAACAAUGUCUCAAUAAAUAUGCCCAUUCAUCCUUGCAGCCCCAAACCAUGAUGUUCCCACCUCUAAACUUCACUGUUGGUAUGAUGUUUUUAGGGUGAUGUGCAGUGCCAUUUAUCUCCCUAACAUGGUGUCUCACUGGCUUUUCCAAACGGUUCAACAAACUUUAAAUACGCUUUAACAUGCUUUUUAUUUAGCAAUGGAGUCUUGCCUGCAUAUGGACCAUGGCGACGGAGUGCUUUACUUACGGUUUUCUUUGAGACAACAGAACCUGUUAAUUAAGUUCUUUUUGAAGCUCUUCACAAGUGUUCCUUGGCUCUAAGACAACUCUUCUGAUUAUUCUUUUCACUCGUCAAGGCAAAUUUAUGGUGAAAUUAUUCUUUCACUUCCAUAUUAACAUUCAAAGGCUUAGAAAUGUGCCUGUAUCCAACUCCAUUGUAAUGUUUUGCAACAAUUAGGUUGCAAAGGUCUUGAGACAGCUCUAUGCCAAGGUGUCACUCAAGACACAUCUCAUGAUGGAGAAGGGUAAAAGCAAUGAGACCUAUUUGUAAGCCAUCAGUUGGGACUGAACCAGCUCAUACUAAUUUGAUAGAUUUUAGAUGUUGUCUUGGCUUUCCAUGCCUUUUUGGACCUCCCUUUCUUCAUGUGCUCAAUACCUUUUCCUUGCGUUCUUCUUUCACAUUAUUACACAUAACUAAAUUUCUAAGAUUAUCUGUUUGUUAUAUCUUUGUGUGUAUAGAUACCAUAUGUUGGUAACAACCCAGGUUAACAAUUUGAUGUGAAUAGCAGCUUUGGAAAUAAAUUUAGUGAGAAAAAUGGUAACAUAUUCAAUGCUUAUUGUACCUGCUGUAUAUGUAUGUGAUACACAUCUUAUUUUGACAAUGCUGUUUCGUGGUAAAGCCCCCUUGAUGAAAACUACUGCAAAACAAUGUAUGUGAAUCCGGCCAAACAGAAAAAAAUCAUUGUUGCCUUGUUACUAAAACUGCUUAAUUUGCUGACCUGGAACUGGGCAGAAAGGAAAAUACGAGAUGCGAUUGGUUGCUAUCGGCAACCAAGACAGUGUUUCUAUUAAACAAUUUCAAAGACUAUAAAAUUAAGACAAGAUAUAUGUAUUUUCCUCUUUUAGGGGUCUCCAGUAUUCCUUUCAAUAAUCAUUUUGUUUUGGGUUAAUUUCUUUUAAAUAGAAUUCUUUAUGUUGUAGAUUUCUUAGAAGUAGCAGAUUUUCUAUGGCUGCAAAAGGACCAUAAUCUCAUAUUAUGCCACGAUAGUGAAGUAGGCCGAGAGGGUGGCAAUACCAGUCCCCUCAUAAUGAGACCAAUUGGUAAGGGAAUGGUAAAAGAUUAGUAUGAGAACAUUUCAGCAAUUGUAUCCACCAAUACAUGUUUCAUACUAGUUUGGCAUAUCCUUAUUAGUUAAAUUUUUAUAGAAUUAUUUUCUGAUUUGACCCCAAAACUACAGUUUUGAAGUUAUUCCAUCAGUUGUACUACAAAUUUAUUAAAACUAUACACAAAUAUUUAUAGAAAUUAAUUUAUUGUCCCUGAAACUCUAAAAAUGUUGCAUAUAGCCAAUAUCAGAUGUAUGAAUAAUUUGAGUAUUUUUAUAAAACCUAUAUGCAGUUGUAUGUUAUGUUGAAAAUGGUCUCAUAAACUUUCUGCAUAUAUUCACAUUGUCAACGUUCUAUAAUUGCAUUGAAGGUUUCUACAUGGGAUUGAAUUUUCACCAUCAAUCUCACUUUGGUUAUACCCACAUUGUGGCUGGCUGUGCUCAAGCAUGAAGCAGCAUGGAAAUUGCUUACAUUUUGUUAUACUCCUAUAUUAUAUUCUCAGCUGAAUUGUUAGAGACUGGAAACAUUGUAACUUUUCAUGGUAUUAUUUUUUCAAACUGUGGUGUGGUAUUACAAAAUUACUCAUUUUAUAUUAUUCUUAGGAAUGUCAUAGUACAUUGCCUUCUUGUGAUAAUAUAUCUGUGCCAUUUCAGCACCAGAGACAUUUAAGGCUGGUUCCCUAUUAAUAUUUUGACCGAAACUAGGAGUGGGUCCAGAAGUGGGUCCAUAUGG